CCGCCGCCGGAAGAAGGAGCCAUGGCGACCACCGCCAGCGCCGACGCCUCCCCGGCCGCACAGGCGAAGCGCCGCGGCCGCCCCCCCAAGGCCCCGCUGGCGGCCGAGGCGGCGGAGGUCGAGGCGCCGAGGACCCCGUCGCCCGUGUCCCCGCUGACGGCCGCGGCGGAGGGCUACGAGCGGGAGCGGGAGGCGAGGAUCAAGGAGAACAUGGAGCGGAUGCAGAAGCUCGGCCUCGUCGACCUCGCCACCCGCUUCAACCAGUCCGCCACCCCCGCCGGCACCGGCACCGGUCGCGGCCGCUGGCGUCGGAGGCCGGAGACGCCGGGCUCCCCCGACGCCGCCGCUCCCAGGAUCAGGACCGCCUCCCCGAUGCCGGCACGCCGGUCUCUCAGGUUGAAGAGCGUGGAGCCAGUUAGAUAUGUUGAAAUUUGUGAAAAGAGGGAGAAGGGUCUUGAUGGUGGAAGGCAUUUCUCUAUUGAGGAAGGGUGCAAGGAAGAAGUUUACACUGAAGAGCAUGAGAAGCUUUUAGGUACAUGUGCCACACCCUGGACUCUCUUUGUGGACGGUUAUGGCAAGGAUGGGAAGCGCAUCUAUGAUCAAGUGAGGGGCCAAACCUGUCAUCAGUGCCGCCAGAAAACUCUGGGUCAUCAUACAAGAUGCUGUAAUUGCCAGAUUGUCCAAGGGCAGUUCUGUGGAGAUUGUUUGUACAUGAGGUAUGGUGAGAAUGUGCUGGAAGCUAAGAGCAAUCCUAAUUGGACAUGUCCAGUUUGCCGUGGCAUUUGCAAUUGCAGCAUCUGCAGAACUAAGAGAGGAUGGUUCCCUACUGGUAAUGCGUACCGGAAGGUUGUCAGGCUUGGGUACAAAUCUGUGGCACACUAUCUCAUUGCAACAAAUCGGGCAGGAGCAAACUCAGGGGAUUCAAGCUCAGCUGACUCCUCAAACGAGCUGCCAUCUGCUGAUGAGGUCUCUGAGCACGCACCAGUUGCCAAGCAGGAUGCUGAUCUGAGCAGCAACACGAUGAAUGAUGCUGGUGAAGUUGAGCAGAAGGAAGGAAGAAACAUGAAGAAGAAGGCAGCAGCUGUCAAGGAUGAAGCCAAGGCCCCGAGGAAGAAGAUCACUGCUGAUGUGGUCUGCAAGGAUGAUGGCAGGAGCGAGUCGGGGGUGACAUUUGAUAACCUGGAAUGUCACCAGGAUGUCGGCUGCGUCACUCCAUCUAAGCCGGAGUCGAAGAAGAAGAGGAAGUGGGUCGAAGCAAGAAGCCCUGACUGCGUCGCGAGCAGGCUGCGCUCCCGGUCUGCUCCCAAGUCAUGAGCACUUGGAUCAUAUGAGGGCUGGCGACUCCUUUUGCGCAGGCGUAUCUGUCGCUGGCAUGGUUCUCUGGUUGGUGGUGUGUUUUGGUUCGUUGGUCGUCGUUUAGUUGCUGUAGGUAAUUGCGGGAAGCAAUGAUGGACGUGCCUGGUCUGGUGUGGUGUGGACUUGCUAUACCAUUUUGUUGUGACCUUGACGCUCUGGUUUAUCGUGUUGGCCUAUCAACCUAGUGUUUCCGUUCAUGCGUGUUGUGAUUAGCUAUUUAUGUUGUGUUCAUCGUGUGUCCUGUGUAAUUUGAUUUUUUAUAUAUCUCUUAAAAUGUGUCUAGCAGUCAGCUUUAAAGAUC